AUGGUGAACACACGAAGAUAUAGAGCACCAUCUCUAAAUGAGGUUCCUCUAUCCCUCAAUGAUGGUGAAGAUAAUGUGCCUAAUGAUGGAAAUGUUAUAGAAGAAAAUGAUGAUCAAUUAUAUGGAAAUAUUGAUCACUUACGUGAGAUGGUAGGUGAUAGUGGUGAUGAAUCGAUUUCUGACUUAGAUAUAGCUUCAGAUUCCGAUGGAGAUCAUAAGUACAUUGAUAAUGAAUACGACAGCGCUAGUAGUGGUAGAGACUCUUUACUUGCAGAAUUUUCAGACUAUGAAGAAGGUUCAGACGAAGAUGAUGAACAAAACUUUAUGGAUGCCAUUAGAGAAGCCAAUAAUUUCAAGGUAAAAAAUAGGAAGAAGAAAAACGGGAAAACAGUAAGAACAAGGAGAGAUAGAGUAUUAGAUCCAGAGGUUGCCGACCUUUUGUCCAGAGCUAACGAAGCCUUUGUGAGAAAUGAUUUACAAGUUGCAGAAGGUUUGUAUAAUGAAAUCAUCAAGAAGGAUCCUCGUAAUUUUGCCGCAUACGAAACAUUGGGUGAUAUAUAUCAAUUGCAAGGACGUCUCAAUGAUUGUUGUAAUUCGUGGUUCUUAGCAGCACAUAUCAAUUCGUCCGAUUGGGAAUUUUGGAAGAUUGUAGCCAUCCUAUCUGCAGAUCUGGAACAUUAUAGGCAGGCCAUAUACUGUUUUUCUAGAGUCAUUAACAUUAAUCAUGAGGAGUGGGAAUGUGUUUACAGAAGGGCAACUUUAUAUAAGAAGAUAGGUCAAUUGGGUAAAGCCCUUGAAGGGUUUCAAAAAUUAUACAAAAACCAUCCUUAUGACGCCAAUUUUUUGAGAGAAUUGGCUAUAUUAUAUGUCGAUUACGAUAAGGUUGACGAGGCUAUUGAAUUGUACAAGAAUGUUUACGAAGCAAAUAUUCAUAGACGAUGGGCUAUCGAAAACGCCAUGGAGAAUGCUAUGGACUCUUCUUCUGAAGAAGAAGAUGAAGAUAAUGAUGAAGACGACUCUUCUAGUGAUAAAGAAAAGAAGAAGAAGAAGAAAAACGCUAACGAAGAUGAUGCUGAGGAAGAUAUAGCAGAAGAACAUUUGGAAGAAAUGGAACUAUAUCCUGAGAUAAAUUGGAAAAAGAUCAACAGAAAAUACAAAUGUAUUCCAUUCGAUUGGUCAUCCUUAAACAUCGUUGCAGAGUUAUAUCUAAAGUCACCAUUAGGUGGUGCAGCUGGAAUUAAGGUAUUGAAAGCUUAUGCACGUUGGAUUGAGAGGAGGGAGAAUCAAACAUUUUGGAAUGAUGUCAUUGAUGAUUCGGAAUAUGAUAUGAGAAAAACCAAAAAUAGUAGGUAUGAUGCUUUGCCAAGUAGUGAAAAGGAAAAAUCAUACACCUUACCGAUAGAUAUUAGAGUAAGACUUGGAUUAUUGAGAUUGUCAAAUGAUAAUUUCACAGAAGCAAUGAACCAAUUCCAAUUCUUAUAUGAUGAAAAUUUUGAAGACACUGCAGAUUUACAUUUUGAAGUAGCAAUUGCCUUAACAAAAGCAGAAAAGUUCCAAGAGGCUAUCGAUUUCUUUUUGCCACUAUCCUCCAUUGAAGAUUUUCAAAAUGUACAAUUAUACGAAUGCCUUGGUAAAUGUUACAAAGAAAUUGAAAACUAUGAGUCUGCCAGAGAUAAUUAUGAAAAUGCAAUCAAAUUAGACCCAUCCAUCCUUGAAAAUAAAUUAGACCUUGCCGAGGUUUACUAUCACAUGGGGAACAAUGAGAUGUUCAAAUCAUUAUUACAAGAAGUCACUGAGAUACGGAAGAAACAAGAUGCUGCUCUCUACGGUAGCAUAGAACAUGAAUCGAAACAAGAAAAACAGAAACCUACUGAUGAAAGAGAUAAAUCUAGUAAACCCUUAUUAGAAGAUAGUAUGUUUAGACAAUAUAAUGCAAAGAGGAAGAAGACCCCGCAAGACAUCGAGCGUGAAAAGAUUGAUCGUGAAAGGAAGAUUACCACCAAAGUUGUGGAUAAAUAUAAAAGUUUAGUAGAUUAUGAGAAAGGGAUUAGCGAAGGUAAUGAGAAAUUAAUCCGCCCAUGGAUUGAUACGGUCUCAGAUCUUGUUGAUGUAUUCUCAAGUAUCAAGAAUUUCUUUGUUAGAAAUCGUUCCAAGAAAUUUGUGGGUAUUAUCCGUAGAACAAAGAAGUUCAAUACCGUCUUAGACUACCAACUAGAAAGGCUGUCAAAAUUAUCAGAAGGUGACAACCUAUCAGAUGGGCUUCCUCUCAUGGAAGAACGUGUUACUCUUACAUCGACGACAGAAUUGAGAGGAUUAACAUAUGACCAAUGGUUUGAACUUUUCAUGAAUCUAUCUUUGACAUUAACUAAAUAUCAAGGUGUCGAAGAUGGGUUAAGUAUCAUCGAAACAGCACAGGAGGUUAAUGUGUUUAUUCAGGCACCUGAGAGGGCUAAGAUGAUGAAAUUUGUCAAGCUUGCAAUUGUUUUAGAGAGGAACAACGAAGAGGAGAUUUCAGAAAAUUUAAGAGGCUUAUUAAAUCAAUACCAAUUUAAUAGAAAGGUCCUCGAAAUAUUCCUAUUAAGUUUGUCACAAGGUCAAAUGUCAUCGGACAUUAUUAGUAGUACAGUUCAACAAAAGUUCUUCUUAAGGCAGAUAAAAGCAUUCGAUAGUUGUAGAUUUAACACACAUGUUAAUGGGCAAGCUUCCAUUACAAAUAAAGAGGUCGUUAAUCCAGAUAAGAUGGCAUCUCCAUAUUUGUACUACAUUUAUGCAGUCUUACUUUAUUCAUCAAGAGGGUUUCUUUCUGCACUUCAAUAUUUAAGCUGGUUAGAGAAAGAUACGCCAGACGAUCCUAUGGUUAAUCUAUUGAUGGGUCUUUGUCAUACCCACAGAUCAAUGCAAAGAUUAACGGCUAACAGGCAUUUCCAAUUUUUACAUGGUCUCCGUUAUUUGUAUCGUUAUCAUGAUAUCAGAAGCACAAUGUACACAGAGUUAGAAAGUCAAGAGGCAGAUUAUAAUGUCGGCCGUGCUUUCCACUUGAUGGGUCUUACGUCUAUUGCUAUAACUUACUACAAUAAGGUGUUAACAGAUUAUAAGGACGAUAAAUUGAAGAAACAUGCUGCGUAUAAUAGCAUAGUUAUUUAUCAGGGAAGUGGAAACAUAAAAUUGGCAAAUCACAUAAUGGAACGAUACUUAUCCAUUUAG